AUGAACUCUGAGGGCUACAACAACUCCGGCGGCGGCUUUGGCGGGCAGAACCAAGGCGGUCAAGGCUUCCAAGGCCAGGGAGGUCAAGGCUUCCAGGGCCAGGGAGGUCAGGGAACCCAGGACAUGGGGGGCCAGGGAACCCAGGACAUGGGGGGCCAGGGCCAGGGAGAUCGGGGCGGUUACGGCCAAGGGGACCAGGGAGGCUACGGCCAGGGCCAGCAGGGAGGCUACGGCCAGGGCCAGGGCCAGCAGGGCGGUUACGGUCAGGACCAGCAGGGCGGUUACGGCCAGGACCAACAAGGCGGUUACGGACAGGGCCAGCAGGCCGGGGGUGGAGGGGGUGGUGACGACAACUACGGUGGUGGCGGUGGUGGCGGUAACAACUUCGGUGGCGGAGCCCAGCAGGGCGGUUUGGGCCAAGGAGGCUACGACCAGAAUAACCAGGGAGCUGGUGCUGGGCCCGGUGGGAAGCCAUCCAUGACCCACCGCAUCAAGGGUAAUUAUACUCUCUUGCUUCAAACGCCAAUGUCAGACACUGAUCGUGUUCUAUAUGCAGGCGAUCUCCAGGAGAUAGCUGGCAAGGUGACUGGCAACCAAGGAAUGGUCCAGCGUGGUCAAGAGGAAAAGUCCGGAUACUGA